CUGAUGCUCUAAUACACGCGGCAUCUGAACGCACGAAGCACGCGUCGCUCUCUUUCCGCCCGGACUGGCAGAGACUGCGAGGUGGCAAAAUGCAGAUCUUUGUGAAGACUUUGACUGGUAAGACCAUCACCCUCGAGGUCGAGCCCAGUGACACAAUCGAGAAUGUCAAGGCCAAAAUUCAGGAUAAAGAGGGCAUUCCUCCUGACCAGCAGCGUCUGAUUUUUGCUGGUAAACAGUUGGAAGAUGGUCGCACGCUCUCAGACUACAACAUUCAGAAAGAGUCCACUCUUCAUCUGGUGCUGCGUCUCAGAGGAGGAAUCAUCGAGCCUUCACUCAGACAACUGGCUCAGAAGUACAACUGCGAGAAGAUGAUCUGUCGCAAGUGUUACGCCCGUCUGCACCCGCGUGCUGUUAACUGCCGCAAGAAGAAGUGUGGCCACACCAACAACCUGCGUCCUAAGAAGAAGCUGAAGUAGAUUCAAGAUCUGAUGCGUUUCAGGAGCAGCAGGAGAGUCAUUGUUCGAAUAAAACAUUGUUAAAACCA